AUGAUUCGGAGGAAGGAGGUGAUACUCUCAGUCCUAGGGGAGCUGCAGGAUGCCACAGAGAGCUCCGGCCUGCACGCCCUCACCAGGGUAGCUCUGGAGGUCCACCAGGUACUGACCCCCUUCACCCUGCCUUCCUCAGCUUGCCAGGAGUUCCCCGGCUGGGCGGGCAUCGACGGCGUGGCCCAUAGCCUGUACCCUGCUGACGCCCCCGGAGGCCUCCUGCCUCUGGCCUGUAAGGGAGAGGGGAACCUGUUGUUUGAUACAGCCAGCAUGCUGCUAGUGGGGACGACUAGUCUCAGUCUGGAGCUGCAGGUACGUACGGUGAUGGAGAUGCUGCUGUGGAAGAGAUACUACCUGGGCGGUAUGAUCGACUCGAAGGUGAUGCUGCAGGCGGCCAGGUUCAGCCUGUGUGCCGAGGAGUCCCAGGACAUGCUCAACCUCCCCCUUUCAGUCCUCGAAGCUAUCUUCGACGCCGACGUCAAAGCCUCCUGCUUCCCCGGCUCCUACGCUAACAUGUGGCACCUCUAUGCUCUUUCCUCCGUCCUCCAGUGCAACAUCUAUUCUGUCUACCCCAUGUACAACCUCAAGAUACGACCCUACUUCAACCGCCUGAUAAGACCCAGGUCCUACCCCAAAGACAUGGAUCCUAUCACCUUGCACAUCAUGUGGUCCGGAGAGCUGGAGGGGGGCUCCUCCAGGUUCAGACCCACAGUCUUUGUAGCGUUAGUCCAUUCUAGUGACCUCCGGACGGGCAGUCCUAACGACGAGCAGAGGGUCCCCCCACUGAAGACACCGGAGCUUCUCAAGCAGGACUCUCACCUGUCCUACUCCAGUCUGAAGGACAAGUACAACGUCACCAAGAGUACGUUCUACCGCUGGAGACGGCAGACGCAGGAGCACCGUUUAAGGUCUGCUGCCAGGUACGAGGCCAAACACUUCCUCCAAGCGUGCUAUCUGGAAGGGAAGCUCAUCCCUCUGCAUCAGUUCAAAGAGUUCUUCCCUGAGAUCUCCAGAUCCACCUACUAUGCAUGGAAGCACGAGCUGAUCUCAUCUGGCGGUAAUUUCUCCACGUUCUCCACGAGCGAGGUGAGUCCAGGGGACAGCACGGAGCAAGAGUCCUGGUCCUCUCCAGAGUCCAAGCUCGGGCAGGAGGAAGACCAUGAGGUAGAGCCAGACGCAGAGCAUCACGACAGUGUGGCCAGUCUGUUCGGCCUGAACUACAACGAUGAUAUGAUGAUGGAUGGAGAACGGGCCCAAAACAUGGCUCUGAUGCAGGAGGCCAAGAAGGUUCUUCAGAACUGCAUCGCUAGGAAUACAUCGUUCCCCUUCCGCAUCUUCAAGAGGAGCUUCCCAGGGAUCUCCAGGUCUACUUAUUACAACUGGAGGAGAGAGGCCAUGCUGUUUAACCGAGGCUACAAGGUCGGAAGCAGUGAAAACAGCUUGGACACGGAUAAGAGUAGUCCAACUGGUGGUCUGUCCCCUAUCGGGGGAACUGAGAGCCAUGGUCAUGCUGCCACGGUCUUCCCCAGAGUUAAGAUCUGUAGAAACAACCAUAAAGGGUUCAGGAUGGUGUUCCUACGCAGGAAGAAGCUGAGAGAAGCUGCCAAGGUGAAGAUGUGGAGGUCAAAAUGGCCUCUGUCUAGGUUCAGAGUGAAGUACCCCUCCCUGUCCCUCUGUUUCUAUUGGCUGUGGCGUAAUGGCCCCAGUGGAACCAGGAAGGAGGAAACCACCACCCCGUCUUUAGAGGUGGACCGUUCUGAGAUGAUUAUGGAGAACAACAACGCAGUGAAAGAGAAUGGGAUGAUGAUGAUGAUGGCAGAGAGUGACAUAGAGACAAAGGCUCCAAUGCAGGACGUGUUCUCCUUUGAGGGGGACCCGACAGAGGAUCUGAGAGGCCCCGUCACCAUGACCUCUGUGACAUCCCCCUUCGACACCCACCUCCCCAACCCAACCAAUAUGUCCGCCACCACAGACGACCAGAUGUUUGUGAUGGAUCUGGUGGCCCUGGCUAACUUCAAGGCCAAGGCCAAAGUCUUCCUGCAGCAACGCUUCGAGGAGAAGUCCUUCCCCACCUUCAAAGAGUUCAGGUCCUUCUUCCCCCUGACUCCCCGUUCCACCUACUAUAUGUGGAAGAGAGCCCUGCAUCACGGAGUGCCACUGGUACAUGGCUGAGAGAGAGAGGGCAUGGCUGAGAG